ACUGUCUUUAAGAGUGCCCAGAGAUAUCAUUAUCUCUGUAUAGUUUUGUAAAAUAGCUGUGAGCAUCCAGGGUGAUUAUGGAUUAAUUAUUAAUGCUGCUGUUUUGAUAAUUGAAGCUAUCUUAUUCAACGUAAUCCAGAGGUUUAAAAGUUUCAUUGAUAUUGUAUAAAUGUAGUGCGACCAAUGAAAUAACUUGUUACAUGGACAUGUCGGCACAGUCACAUGAACAACGAUUGGAUAAAACGACAAAAAAGAACGACAACCUUCGGGACGAUAACGAAACGGACAUUGACGUCGCAGAAAAUCAAGAGGUAAGCAGUAAGGGCUCAGCACCUGAUAAAAGGUCAGAAACAGUAAUAGAAAGUAAAGACAAACCCUCUGUGGAACAGAAAGGCCUUCUGGAGGAAUCACAAGAGUUAUUUCAAGAUCUUAGUCAAAUGCAAGAAACGUGGCUUUCGGGAGUAACCCCGUAUUCCAAAGUCAAAUUGGAACAAAAGUCAUCACAGAACUGUUGUAAGUCACCCGAAAGUGUGAAACAAAUAACCGCAAAGUACCCCUACAUAGAUCAAAGUUUCCCUAGCAACAGUUGUCAAGGAAGCGAAGGAACAAGCUCACCGUCUGGAGAUUCUGUUUCGAGCUCAACUUCAGAACGGGAAUGCUCAUCUCCACAAGAAGGUCGUGUGCCAGCUCCAGCACAUGGUCCUCAGCAAGAUACUAGUCCUGGAAGUCAUCAAGGCACAGCAUAUCAAGGUCAAGACCUCAGACUACCCCGUCACUUUGAGGCUGAGGGAGGCUGUUCCAAUAACGCAGAUGUUCAUAGCAACUACUCCCGUUUUAUGUCAAUGUCUUAUUCGCAUUAUCUGAAAUCUGACGCGCACGAACGAACGUUCGAAGGAGACAGUUCCUUUUCCAGAGGUCAUGGAUAUAUGACCUCACCGUUCGGACCACUGUCGCCCCAUUCUGUUUCAAUAAAACAGGAACCAAGAGAUUUUAAUUUUGACAAUAGCUCAAGAUUUCAUCCGAAUCCAAGUUUUCAUCGAUCGAUAUGGAACCGGAAUAGCAGCCCCUCUGAAGUUGUUUCUUGUCCUUAUGAAAACACAUUCAGACUGUUUUAUCCAGAAGAUCCCAUUUAUUUUGAAAGACUUAGAGAAAGACAUCGAUCUUACUAUGAAGCAGGUAUGGAUGUAAAGGCAGAGAUAUACCGGGAUUUGUAUUUUGAGCGAUACCGUGACCUACCGCAUCCCUCGUACCAGAGACGCGGAUCACUUCAACUUUGGCAGUUCUUGGUUACCUUACUAGACGAUCCUUCUAACUCUUCGUUUAUAGCAUGGACUGGGCGUGGCUUAGAGUUCAAACUUAUUGAACCAGAAGAGGUGGCAAGAAGAUGGGGAAUACAGAAAAAUCGACCAGCUAUGAACUAUGAUAAACUGAGUCGAUCUCUCCGAUAUUAUUAUGAAAAAGGAAUAAUGCAGAAAGUUGCUGGAGAAAGAUAUGUUUACAAAUUUGUUUGUGAUCCUGAAGCACUGUUUUCAAUGGCAUUCCCAGACAAUCACCGACCGGUUUUAAAAACAGAGAAUUCGGUGCAUUCCGGAAAUGACGGACUUUACCGAGAAUCUAGUCAUUCGCCAGAAGCACAAACUACGUCAUUUCCUCUGACGUCAUUAUCAGCGUCAACUCAAAUUCCACAGUUACCGCCAAUAAAUGUUGCCCCAACAGCAGGAACGAAUAUAUUCCCGCCUCCAGACCCACAUCGGUAUCAAUAUAUGCAGGACAUGCAGAAAAUGUACAAUUCAGGGCCAUAUAUGGAAUCAUGUGUAUACUAGAAGAGUGGAAUGUGUACUUCUCUUUGAACUGGUUCAAUCAACUUUAAUCUUAGAAACUAAGUAGAUCUAACUUCAAAUGUGACCUUGGAAGCAAAGGUUAAGGACUUGAUGCCGUCUGGAUGAUUUUUUUUUCUAAUUAAUUGAUCUACAGUGGUAAUAAUACUUUUUGUUGGAAAUAAACUUAUAUAACUGUUGUUUUAACGUCAACAAAUUUGUCUACAUGUCAAUUGUUAACAUAGGGCUGUCAUCAAUAUGAAAUAGAUAAUGCUUUUCAUGAUACUGUAAACGAUGGGGCUUCCGCUAUCGAGCAAUUAAAACCAUUAACGUAAAAACAUUUUUGCCACAUGACCUUACAGGGCCGGUUCUAGAAAUAUUUGACUGGGGGGGGGGGGGGGGAGGUGGAGGCGCCAAUCUUGAAGGAGGACGUCACCGCCGAGACGCAUAGCAAGGUAUUGGAUGGGAGUGCCUUUACCCAUGUUAGGGGAUUCAGGUGUCUUCCCCUGGAAAUGUUUUGAAAUACAGGUAUGAAAUGGUAUCCUCGGGUGCAUUUAUUGGUAGGGGCUGUACUCCCCUCAGGCAUGAAAUUGUGGCCUCUUGCGUAUUUCAAGGUAUUGAGGUAUUGUAGGGGUACGUUACUCCCCACUUGAUUGGGUGGUCACUGGUCAGGGGUCUUUCCCCUGGAAAGUUUUGAAAUACAGAUAUAAAAUGGUGGCCUCUGGUGCGUUUCUGGGUCUAAAUUUUGAAAAAAAAGUAUUCCUUUGCCAAAAUAGGAGGGUGAAUCUUUGAUGAGUAUAGGUCACUUCUCAGCCAACUGGGGAGGGGGUGGGGGGCACGGGCCCCCUUGGCCCGUCCCUGGAUCCGGACCUGCCUUAGUUGAUUACAUAUGACCUUAGCUGUUUACAUACGACCUUAGCUGUUUGUAUAUGACCUUAGCUGUUUGCACAUGAAACGUAAUAAAAUGGAAAUACUU